GGUGUUGAAGAUUUUGAAUGUUCAAAGGGAAUGAAGAAAAAAGGAAUCAGAUCAGGGAAGUAUCUUCGUACAAAAGGACACCAAUAACUUCCGGCGACUGAACACCGUUCGGCAGAGUGUCAGCAGCCCUAGGGCUGUAGCGCAGAGCCGCCAGAUUCUUAUAAAAACCUCCCGCUCUCAGUUUGCUUGAUUCUGUGCUCACUUCAUACAGGUAUGACAAUAUUCGAUGUUUCGUCCGCCGCUGAGGCUACCGGAGAAACGUCCGCCGCCGCCAAGAAGCCUGAGGCCAAGGAAAUUAAGCUAUGGGGCGGUCGCUUUCAGGAAAGCGUCACGGAUGCCGUCGAACGCUUUACGGAGUCGAUUUCAUAUGAUAAGGACCUUUUCAAGCAUGAUAUCAGCGGCAGUCGUGCUCAUGCAUCCAUGCUUGCCAAGCAGGGCUUGAUGAGUAUCAGUGACAGAGACUGUAUUCUUGCGGGUCUCGAUGAGAUAGAGAAGCGUAUUCGAAAUGGCGAGUUCGUCUGGAGAGCUGAUAGGGAAGAUGUUCACAUGAACAUUGAAGCUGCACUUACUGAUUUGAUUGGCGAGCCUGCGAAGAAACUGCAUACUGCUCGGAGUCGCAACGAUCAGGUUGCGACUGAUUUUCGCUUGUGGUGCCGAGAUGCUAUCGAUUCGAUCAUCGAGAGGAUUAAAGAUUUUCAAGUUGCGAUGGUAGAUUUGGCAAUUAAGAACAAAGGAAUUAUUGUUCCAGGUUAUACACAUUUGCAGAGAGCACAGCCCGUCCUACUUCAGCAUCUUCUCUUAGCAUUUGUUGAGCAGCUCGAUAGGGAUGCUGGUCGCUUGCUUGAUUGCAGAGCUAGACUGAAUUUCUGCCCCUUAGGAGCUUGUGCAUUGGCUGGUACUGGCCUUCCGAUUGAUCGAUUCAUGACAUCAAGUGCAUUAGGAUUCUCAUCGCCUUUGAGAAACAGCAUUGAUGCUGUUUCGGAUCGAGAUUUUGCAAUGGAAUUUCUUUCUGCCAAUUCUAUUAUGGCCAUUCAUCUUUCUCGUCUGGGAGAGGAAUGGGUAUUGUGGUCCUCCGAGGAGUUUGGUUUUAUCGUGCCUAGCGACGCAGUUUCGACUGGAAGUAGCAUAAUGCCUCAGAAGAAAAAUCCGGAUCCAAUGGAGCUUGUUCGUGGGAAGUCGGCUAGAGUUAUAGGUGAUUUAGUAACCCUUCUAUCAUUGUGCAAAGGACUUCCUCUUGCAUACAACCGCGAUCUGCAGGAAGAUAAGGAACCCGUGUUCGAUAGUGUUAAGACGGUUUCAGGGAUGCUUGAGGUUUCAGCUGAGUUUGCGCGGAACAUUAGUUUCAAUCAGGAUCGAAUUAAGAAGGCCUUACCAGCAGGUCAUCUUGAUGCAACCACGCUUGCGGACUAUCUCGUGCACAAGGGCAUACCUUUCAGAACAUCUCAUGAUAUUGUAGGCAAGUCCGUUGCCAUGUGCCUUGGAAAGAACUGUCAGCUGAAGGACCUGAGUCUCGCUGAACUCCGAGCUUUGAGUCCAAUCUUCGACGAGGAUGUUUACGAAUUUCUUGGCGUUGAAAAUGCAGUCAAUAAAUUUUCGUCGUAUGGCUCCACAGGAUCUGAAUGUGUUGCCAGUCAACUCGAGUAUUGGAUCGAAAAACUUGGCAUUAGUCAGUAGAGAUUAGGCUAGAUGAGAGAGGCUUUGAGGCAGAGUAGAGCAGAAUAAAGCAAUGGGGGUAAGCCAACACAGUAUUGAUGCAAUGAGCAUCUUGAAUAAUCAGUUUUCCUAGCAUUUCUCUGUUAAUUAGUACGUCAUUUGGAUUUCUGACUUUGAUCUUUAUUUUGAGCCUAAAUUUCACUUUACAAGACUUUCUAGUGAUUA